AUGCUCUAUACCAGGAAUAGACUGAGUUGCAUUCAAUUUGUUUCCCAUGUAGGCGGACUCUCGUCUUCAUAUGGCAUCCCUCCUUAUCCUUCCAUCGCGCCCCUCAAGCCGACCCAGCAGGCAUCGGGAUUGACGUGCGGAGACCAGCAACGUGCUUUGCUAGUACUUAGUCCCGCCUUGCACGUUUCCGCCGCUCAUUUAAUCAGUAUGAGUGGAUCGUCGCGGUUAGACGGACGCCCACAUGUGCAGAACCCCCAACCACAAUUUGCGUCGCGGAACAUUGCAGAAGCUGCCGGACACGACAGCCGCCAUCAUGGCACCAUAGAUCAUAGAGACAGUCGUGUUGGCGUAUCGCCACCUAAACCGGAGCCGUCCAUGGCGGUAAACAUAACAUCAGAGUCACCGUCGGAUCAGUCGGCAUCUAACACCAAUAGACAUAUCCCACAUUCUUCGCUCUCGACGGUUCUGGCGCCUGUAACGCAAGUAAGGCACUCUGAAUCGAAAACGCAAGAGAAAAUUGGCCACCUCCAACCCUUGUCAGAACCCGCGGGGACGAUUAUACACACAUCUACUGUUGGGGAACAGACUAUGUCUGAGCCAUUGGCGUCCACUAUUCGGAAGAGCCAUAGUCCAUCCAUGACAGCACCUGGGGGCCCAUCCAAAUACAACGCCCCAUCAAAAAGGACUGCGGCUGGAAUUUCCAAACACCUUGUCGAUGCCCCAGGAGCGGACAACACUUCCGAAGUAGACAGCCCCGAUCGACGCCGCUCCCAUAGUAUUGGCUCCCUAUCGCGUGAGAGCAGGAUUGCAGCGGUAAGGCUCGUCCCUUACAUCAGUUUCUGGGGCCAUGCUCAUUCCCUAUCGCCUAGUACAGAAUCUCUCGCUAAAGCUGGGCUUUUGCCCGCCUUCAGCGAGUUAGAGGCUCAGCGUUCGGUAGAAAAUAGCUCACCAGAUGGAACCAUUAUGUCUGCGCCGGAUCCGCCUUCAACAACCAGCGUCUACACUCCGAGCGGCCCUGGGCGGCUAUCUCCUGUGGCCCAGUCCGCCGAUGCGUCGCCAUCCUCCUUACACCUCGACUUGCCAAAAUCUCAUCCUCGUCCAAAACUCGCACCCCCUGCAGACAUUGCAAGUGGAAGCCGUAGUCGCCGUCGACGUCCCAACCCCAACGAGGCGUUGCACCUGCCGAAGUUUCCUGCCUCGCUGCAUCGCAGACAUCAUUCUCACCAAGAGGUCGGUGCGUCCGGGCCAGCUGCGAGUUCAGAAAAGGUGCAGGUCCCUGGGACUCCUCCUCUUGGCCCAAUGCGUCAGGCUUCCUAUAACGGUACAGGGGGUCAUCAAAACCAUAAUCGAAAUAGUGCUAUGGAACAGGACGCUAUUGAAACCCUGCUUUUCAUGUCCAGCCCUGGGCAUUCGGGUUAUCACUCCGGCUCCCAGCAUUCCCAACGUCAGCGAAACUUUUUCCAGAGCAGCAGCGAUUCUAGAAGCUCUGGCGGCCGGGUGCCCCGUAGUCAGGACUCACAAGUCAGUAAUUCCCGUGGUCAGCCUAUGCCAGCCUCAAGUGGUCGAGUGAUCGGUCUUGAAUCGCACGCUGGGGACGAGAUCGACCGGAUGCUGGAUCAAAUGGACAGUGAUAGCGAUGACGAAGUCAAGUUUGCUUCGACACAGUCCAGCUUUACGGACCGUGGCUCAAAGCAAGCUGACAGCUCUCAGGAGCAUUACCGACGAGAGACCUCGACAAGCCAUGGACAACAUUUGCCAUGGUCUGCAUCUACUCUUUGGUUCCAACGACUUGAAGAAUCGCUAUGGGAGCGGGACCAAUUCGAGAUAGGUAUCCGAUCCAAGCCAGCUCUGCACUGCUCUUCCUCCCCUUGCGAUUGGUAUAUCCUCAGACGAAAGGAACGCUACAUUAUGUUUCCACGGUCCACCAGUGCCAUUCCCUGCUCCACACAGGUCAUUAUUCGGUCAUGCCCGGAUGAGCUCGCGUAUGUGCCUUCUUUUCUAUAA